AUGGGUGGUGAUACUUCAGAAGUAAAAGUAAGUCAAGUUACGAUUAAAUAAUUUAGUUUUUAAAGGAUUCCGACAAUUCUCAAGCCGGAGAUUUGGAAGAGGAAGAAGAGAACGAUGAUCCCAGACUUACCUACCUCCUAACGAACAAUCAACUCCCCAAUGAAUGGCGUUGGAAAGAUCGGCAAACCACCGCUUUGGUUGAUCAUGCUCGAUGUGUAGAUAACAAAAAGACUAACGAUUUGAUUGAAAAAGUUGUGAAAGAUUCUUGGUUUGGAGAUGAGGUAAAAGCCAAGUUAAUUGAGGCUCUGAAGGAUGUGCUCUUCAGAAAUCUUCCUAGAGGUGCUGCUGCGGUUUCUAAUGACGUCGAUUGGACUGAUCUCGGUGCUCUUCUCACAGAGAUCUAUGACCGCAUGGGCUUGUUGCAUUUUGGAGAUACCAACAUUGAGUAAGUCACGGUUGUUUUCUAUUUUGGUUUAGAAUUCCAAGAUUCGAUCUCCAGUACAUGGAGAACAAGCCGGAUGCAGAACUGGAGCCAUUGGAUGUUCACGUUGAACCAGAGCCUCAGCCCGUUACCUCAGAGAAAGAACAAAACACGGACGAAGAUGAAGAAGAGGAAUUCGGGGAGCUCGACACAUCAGUAUCGAAGAAGAAGAGUGGAAAUCGAACGAAGAAACAGAAUUGUUAUUCAAACCUCGGAAAAGUUGUGGAUGGAAAGAAGUAUGCGAGAUAUGGAGUUAUUAUUCCUCAGUUUUGGAAGGAAUACCCGGAUUGUAAGUUGUUUUUGGACCUUUAAUCAUUAUUUAGUGAUGAGGGCUGGCAUUUGGAAGUCGAUCGAGAUGAGAGUUAACAAAGUUCCAUCUGAGAAAUGCCAUAUUGUGGAGGACGAUGUGAAAUUCAAAGCGAUCGAAGAAGUACUUCUGAAUGAAGGCAGUUGUAAAGGAACUGCGAUAAAAUAUGGAGUACGUGAUUCACAUAAUUCUCAACUUUUUCAUUUUCAGAUCAAUUACUCAACCAUGCAGAAUUACGCACAUCGCGCCAUUUAUGUUUUAUCCAAGAUAAUGGGAGAAACCGAACUUCGAAGUAAAGUAAAGGAUCUGUUAGAUCGUGAAGUGAGUGUAAAGGAAAUCUGCGACAACUUCCACAUUAAGAGACCACAAUCUCAAGUCAGGGUGUCCUUCGGCGGCAUUAAUACCUGAAUUGUUUUAUAUUUAUUUAUGUAAUUGUUACUAUAAAUUCAACGUUGUUUAUUCUGGCUUUAUAUCACUGGCUCGGUUCCAGUAAAGAAUGUUUCUUUUUUCAGAUCUAUUUUUCGACAGCUAUCUUAAACAGGGCCAAGGGACUAUGUCUUCUCCUUGGGUUGGGUCAAGUGCCUAAGACUCUUGACUUAAGACAGCUCACGAAUUAUUACACUAUGCUCUUUACUUUGUUGCUUUUUACAGUUAAUUCUUGUAUAAUGGCAAAUAGAUUUCCUCCGAUUGAAUUAAUACCCGCCCGUGGGGAAAUUGUACGAGAUGAAGAUGUGAAACUGAAUCAGGUAAGGAAUACUCCUUCCGGAAAGUCGCCGGACUGAUUUUUGGUGUUUGCACUGUGCGAAAAAGGUCAGAGUGCGAGCGACAGCCCAAAAAAGCCUAUUGCAUGGUGCAAGAAGCAAGAAAUUGCACUGUGCAAGCUGAAUUUUUUUUUGUCACAGUGCGUGUCGCCGAUUUCAGUCCGGCGACUUUCCGCUGGUAGUAGCGCAGGUGUUUUUAUUUUUAUACAUUUUUAGCAUUUGUUAAAAGGAGCUGAGUUUGUUAUUAAUAAAACUUGGGACAAUCAAGAUCUGGAUCACGAUCCGAUAAGGAUUUCGAUGAGAUGGCACUUUGAGAAGAUCCCCAGAAGGCCCCACAAAAGAGUGAUCCGAGUUCAGAUUCAAGCACCGUUAUUUGAUGAUCCGGAACCUCCAAAUGAAGGGACUGGUUACGUGUCUAAUGUAAUUUAAAUUUCAUCAUUCAUAACGUUCCUUUAGUUGUAUGAUUAUGAGGUUGUGGAGUUGUUCUUCAUGAAUGACAAAGGGCAUUAUCUGGAAGUCGAAGUAGGUCCUCAUGGACAUUGGUUGGUACUGUUAUUUGAUGGAUACCGUCAUUGUAUAAACAAAGGCGAAGACAUUGAUCUGGAAGUGACCAACCAAUUUGAUAUGGAUGUCUGGAAUUGCACAGCAGAGAUUCCUUUGGCUUAUCUCCCUGGAGGUAGGGACUUGUUAUAUUGAUAAAUUAUUUAAUUCAUAGAAGUCACCAGUUUCAACGCAUACGCAAUUCACGGCUCUGGGGCCGAUCGGCAUUACGAGGCAUUAUAUCCGGUGACCGAUGGAGCAGUAAAAGAGCCAGACUUUCAUUUAAAACAAUACUUUCAACCAUUCGAUAUACGACGAGUAGUUCCCGAAGGAUAUAAUCGAAAGGCCUACACGGACCUCAAGUACGGUAACAUGUGGGAUUCCGUGGAAAACGCCGAAUAA